AAACCAUGCUCCAUCAAAUCUUCUCUCAGGCCAAGAAGCAACCUAACUUGACCUCCCUCUUCAUCUUUAUUGGAGCUGGAGGUACUGAAGCAGCACUGUACACCAUAUACUUGGCAUUGUUCAAUCCAGAUGUCAGUUGGAACAGAAAGAAUAACCCAGAGCCCUGGAACAGACUGGGUCCCAGUGAUCAAUACAAGUUCUAUUGAGUGAAUGUAGACCACAGCAAACUGAAGAAAGAAGAUCCAGACUUCUUUUUUUUAAUAUUUAUUUUAUUUAUUCCCUUUUGUUGCCCUUGUUGUUUUAUUGUUGUAGUUAUUAUUGUUGUCAUUGUUGUUGGAUAGGGCAGAGAGAAAUGGAGAGAGGAGGGGGAAGACAGAGAGGGGGAGAGAA